AUGCAAACACGCAUGGAUGACGUCGGACCGAUUUCACGAUGCAUCUUUAAUGACGAUAACUAUGAGGACCGCAUGUGUGACGCCAAUAACGUCCUGGCAGGUAUCGACGCCUCAAAUAUUAUACAUUAUAGUGUGAUUGGAGGUGUGGGAAUGCCCCCCUCGAAUGACGCACCUCACAAACUUGCGAAAGUUGUCAGAGUAAUAAGACAAGGCAAUGUUGAGGGGUUUGUUAACCUGCCGGUCUGUUUUUCCAUUGGAAGCAAACUAAUUGGAGGGUUGCUCGAGGUGGAUGGGGAGAAUGACGUUAUUUUUCGACUAUUGAUGUACCGGAAAGUGUUAUUGCCGGAAAUUUUGGAGCGGUACACUCUGCACGCAUUCCUGCGUAGAGUCUUUGUGGAAAAUAUAAUGCCGGACCUCAACGAGUUGCCUCCAGCAGGACGUCGUCGGCGACAGAGAUGUGUGCAGCAAUCGAACCCCGAAAAGCAUCCAAGCAUACCCGUUGCAUUAAUAACGCUGGACCACGAUCCUCCGAUGUUGGAUGCACAAUGCGGGGUGCUAUACGUACCGGAGAGCAGAACUUUUCCGCUUGUGGACGGCUUUUUCUUCGUUGGUGCACCGCGGAGGACGAUGGUUGCGGUGCAGGUGACGACGAGGGCUGAGCAUGGCACCAGAAUCAGCACGGUGAGGCGGUUCAACAGUCUUCUACGGAGUUAUUUUAAUGACUGGGAAACGUUUGCGGAAGGCUUGUCGUGGGAGAUGAUUUACGUGCAUCAUGAGGACAGUACGGCAAUAAACGCGUAG